AUGGUUGCCCCUGAUAUCCUAGAGUUUGAUCACUUUGUUAUGGAAAUUGUUGGACCUUGCAACGGUGUUGUUUGUCUCACAGAAAGAACGGGCUUCUUGUAUGUAUCUAUCGAUGACCGUAAGAUUCGUGGACAAGCCAUCUAUUUAUGUAAUCCUGCUACUCGUGAAUACCGAGGACUCCCAGAUAGCCCCUUUGAUUUUAUACCUGGAUUAAGUUGCGCUAGACAGGCUUUGGGCUUCGGAUUUGAUCCUUGUGCCAAGGAUUAUAAGGUAGCCUCAGUAUUGUAUCUUCCGGAUGAGAUUGAUGUGGAACGUGGUACUGGCUUGUGCAAGAUUGAGGUCUACCAUCACAGCUCUAAUUCCUGGAGAGAAGUAGAUAUCUUGUCUGAUGAAAUCUCGUCCCAUGGUUUGGUCAAAUGCAAGGAUAUCCGAGUCACUCAUCCCCAUUUCCUGUUGAAUGGUUCUUUCCAUUGGGCCGCCGGUUGUCGUAUUAAUAACUAUUUUAUUCUCUGUUUUGAUAUGAACACAGAGGCGGUGCACGCCAUACCAUUUCCUCCGGCUUCUAGCUCUCCUGAUUCGAUACUGCCGCGUCUUGUAGUGUUGGAGGAUUCGCUAGCAUUGGUUCAUGUAGAAUAUGCAGGCUCCGAAGUCGUGUAUGAGCAUAUCUAA